UAGGGGGAGGUCACUGUAGCGGGAGAGACGAACGAUUUUCGUGUGUUUCUUUUCUUGUAACUCGCCUGUCAUUACACAUCUUCUCCAACAACAAUGUCUGUGCAACCUCAACUUGACAGUGACAAAAAUCGCACCGAUAGUGGCCCUGUACAAGGGGAGGAACCCCCUACAGGAAGCCUACAAUAGCACAGGAGUUCCAGUGAGCACAGUAGGCUAUAGGGUGGCGGCGGCGACUCACUGCCUCGACAAAAAACAUCCUGGCAAAACAAAGAAAAUUAACCAACGGACUUUAAAUGCCAUCAGACGUCAACAAGAGAUUAAUCCACGGCUUGCAGCAAAAGAAAUACAACAAAGCAGCUCCAGAUCACUUGAAACUGUUAGUUUACAUGUAGUGUAAUAUCUGAAUGAAUCUGAACGACUGAAUAGCCUCUCUUACCGGCCGGUGCUAAAACCAGAGCUGACAGAACGUCAGUGGAGAAACAGAGUUAUAUUGUUAAGAAAUACAACCAAUGGGAUGAUGUCAAGUGUCGUCGUGUGCUCUGGAGUGAUGGGGCAGUGUGUUGUGCGGCUGGCAACACGUCUGGCAGGGUGUACCGACCCAGAGGCAGCGACCCCAUUAACCCCAAGUGUACCAGAGGUGUCGUGAAACAUACAGACAAAGUGAUGCUCUGGGAAUGUUUUCUUAUCAUGGUGUUGGUGACGUAAUGUUCCUUCCUGACAAUGUUCCUAUGGCCAAAAAACGAGUUAUCAGGUGUCGCCAGUCAUCGGUAACCAUCCUUAAGACAGCGACAACGAAGGCAUGGCAGGAAAUUGACCCUGCCACACUGCAAAACCUCGCCAGUUCCCUUCCUGCCCGUCUUGUUGAGUGCAUUAAGCGUAAGGGGAUGCCGGCACACUACAAGAACGUGGUGAGCAAAAGGGGCGCGGCGCCUUCAAGAUGUGGCUCCAGGUGAGCAUGAGGGGCGCGGCGCCUUCAAAAUGUGGAUCCAGGCACUCAGGGAUGGGGUAAGGUCCUGGGGGCAGUUUACUAUGUUGGUGGCAUGCCGAGAAUGGUCCCGGAGCCCUCGCCUCCCUCCAAGGGGGAGCAGCGGCCUCUUCCCUGGGAACCUAACUCCCCUGGGCCAACGUUUGACCCUUCGCCACCCCAGAAUGUGACAGCACUGAAGGACGACAUUGCUUACCUCCACUGCAUCGUCCACAACAGAGGAAACAGGACAGUAUCGUGGAUCAGGGUGUCAGACCUACACAUCCUGACGGUGGCUCAGUACACGUACACGGCAGACGACAGAUUCGAGGUGAUUCACUCCCCGGACUCGAACGCCCAGUCAUGGGUUCUGAAGAUCAACUCCGUGCAGCCUCGCGAUUCAGGACGAUAUGAGUGUCAGAUCAACACUCACCCCACGGACCCCAUCACCUUCCCCGUCGACCUGUCCGUCUUCGUUCCUUCGGCCAAGAUUCUAGGAUCACAUGAGCGCUACGUAGACAGGAGUUCCACCAUCAACCUUACCUGCAUCAUAAACUUCAAUCCUGAGUCCCCAACCGAGAUCUUCUGGUACCACAAUAACAAGGUCAUCAACUACGACAACCGUGAUAGUCGGGUCAGCGUUAUUACCGACCGAGGCGCUGUGACGAAGACUACUCUGCUGAUCCACGAUGCCCACGACGCAGCCACGGGCACCUACUCCUGCGUGCCCUCCGUCUCCACCACCGCCUCCGUCAGGAUACACAUUCUCAAAGGCGAGAUACCAGCUGCGAUGCAGACCAAUGCUGCCAGCGUUGUGUGUCGACCGCUUCGUUGGCAAAAUUUCUUCGGAGACCAAUUCCUCCUGCUCCUCCUCCUGCUACUACUCUUCGUCUUCGGAUGCUUCUCCACUAACCAUAAAAUUGUGAAGCACGGCAACGACCAGGUGUUCAUCUCACCCCCCAAUGAAGCACCGGCGGUGAAGAAUUAUGGAAAACUGCUGGUGGAGAUGGUCCGCUGUGUGCCUGAUGGAAUGGUGUGCUUCUGCAAAUCGCACCUGUCCCUGGAAAGUGCUGUAACCACCUGGUGUUACAGCAACAUGAUACAUGACCUUCAGAGACACAUGCUGGUGUUCAUAGAGACUCAAGACGAUGGCGAUAGAUUCUUGGCACUUCUCAACUACAUGAAGACACGAGAGCACCAUUUCCUCAAGUUCGACGCCAUGAGAUACGCGGCAAAUUCCGUCGGGCGAAUACUGCGAGACAAGACAGAAUACGGCAUCGUAAUGUUCGCUGACCAGAUGAUUUCCAGGCUAAACAAGCGGGACAACCUGCCGCGCUUGGUCCAGGCCCGUACACGUUACCUGUCCAUCGAUGAGUUUGUGCAGGAGCAGAUGGCCUUCACCCGCGACGACCCGAUCGGCGUGUUCCUGCUGAAUGCUGAACCUGAAAAAGCUGCCACUCAACGAGGAUAUUUCCCAAGUGAAGCAGCAAGCACAGCUGAGACUAUAGCAUCCCCUGGGCCGCGGUACUCCAUGGUCACAUUGGCUGCUUUUGACACAAUAACAGCAGAGAAAGAAGUGUCGCUCUAUGCCCACACUGGCCACUUCUGACACUGUAACACCACUUGAGGAGUGUGGCUCUUGAGUUACACGGGUCAGAACAGACACUUUUUACACCACUCUGAGGGAGUGUGACUGUGUGGUCACAUUGGACACUUCAGCGUCACGUUAUAGCUCCUGAUUUGUGGAAUACUUUACCCAUGGGAAGAGACGAAAUAGAAUUUAUGUGAUCCAUGGGUAAGGAGAUAUGGAUGUGUGUGUGAGGUUUAUCUGACUGGGGAGGGGAUAGUCUAGUUGUCCUUGGCAUCUGCCAGGUAAGAGGAAGGGUGAUGUGCCUUAUUAUUGGAAGCAUUCAUGGUGUUAUAGACGCAUGUAGGAAGGAAUGGUUGAUUCCACAGGUCAGCAAAUUGGGACAUUAACUUGCCAGCAAAAUACAUCCACAGGGUACAUCGUGUUGGUUUCCUAACGAACUAUCACUUAUAAAAACUAUAAGGUAAAAAUCAAUGUUUAGCACUUGAGGAAUGGUAGAUUCAUUAAAUAAUCUUGAGUUCUUUUAAUCACUUUGUACAGAUAAAGUUUGAAUUUAAUAUAUCAUAGACUGAUUAACAUGUGACUAUAUAAAUGACAGUAUUUUAGUAAAAGAAAAAGCAUAUAGAUGAUAGUAUCUCAUUUCUUACGUAUAUAGGUGGAACAAGCUCAAACUUAUAUUUCUAUGAAUAUUAUCAGGUAUUAAGUUGAUGUGUCAUUGUAAACUGACUAACAUUUGAUAUAAGUACACAUACCAGCUAAAGAUAUAUCAUUCAUAACAAAGGUGUUUGACUGUGCGGCAGUAGAUAUAAAUGUUUACACUGGAAGGCAAGCCAGUGAGGGAGGGCAUAGCUGGUGUGAGAAGGGCACGGUGUGGCUGAAAAGCUGUGGUGAUGAAAGUGAGAUCAGUAAUGAAAUGGAUGGCAGAUGAAGGAAGUGCAGAUGGAGACUGUAAAGCUGGCGAGGAAAGGCCAAUCUGUAGACAAUGAGGAAAGUUAUAGAAUGAUAACCUUGUGAAAGGAGGCAAAAAUAUAUGCAUUGAUUGAAGGACUAUGGUAUCUGUGUGUCAGAAUGGAGAUAGUAAGUGAAGCUAAAGAAAGAUGAACAGGAGUGGAGGGUUUGGCUGGUGUUAUUAGCCAGAGAAUCAUUUUUGCGGAUUAGAGCGAAGUAAAGGUAAAGUUGGGUGCAUACGCAUAGCUGCGCGUGGCUGUGAUGCUCAUCUCUGUCACAUUUACCCUUCAAGUCUGUGGUGGGAUAUAGCCAUAACCCAGGACAUGGACCACUGUGAAGUUCGGGAUGGCCACAUUUUACCUUCCACAAGUUUCUCUAGUCAUCGGUUUAGCGACCAGCCCGAAAACUAAGACGAACAGCUGGGUGAGCUGCACACCGACUGCCAGGGCCGGGAUUCUAACCCGAGCCAGCGGAUUCGUAGCUAGGAACGCUAACGACUGCCCCACGGAGCCAGAGCAAAGGCUAGAGUGGAAAUAGGGGGUUAAGUAUCAGAAUGACAGGCUGAAGAAGGAAUAGGGCUAACUGGGUCAGCAGGUGAAGAUUUUGUCCGGAGAGAGGCCCAUGGCAGUGUAGGUAUUGUUACACUCAAGUUCAGACAAAAGCUACAUCUUUGCUAAACGAGUCGAGUUCCUGUAGCCGUGACUAUUUGACUCGCCUGGAGAGGGGACACUUUAUUUUGUGGACAAAUGCGUUCACACACCUGAUGAGCUAAUUCGGGCAGAAGUAACUGUCAUAGUAUGAAAUGUCUGGAGUAAUAUCUAUAUAUAAUAUUUGUUGAAUAGCGAAUCAUGUGAAAUUAAAAUUGUUACUUGACGUGCUUGGUGUAUAUACACAGCUAGGUUUAAUUUCAUUCCAACAAUAUCUACCCCAUCAUGGCCUGCGAUCAAUACAAAAAAACAUAACACUAUGCUCCACUCACACCUGCACACUCUCCCUUACCUACCUGUUGCCUGAUUGAGCAUUUGAAUCUACUGCCUCGCUUGGGGAGUAUCACUGGCUGGUCUAGCUAUAUAACCUGCGAAAAGCUCUUAGUCGGUCCAUGGAUCAUUCCUCCCUCACUAAUCUAUUAUUAAAAUUGUCUACUUCCUGCAGAUCACUCAACCCUUCCCUAAUCUGCAGAUGCACCUCAGUAGUGUAAUGGGCACCAGGAUGAAAUUGUUUAGUAAGAUUUAUCAUAAUAAAAUAAAAUAAACUAUUUCCA